UUUUUUAUUCACAAUUUGUACAGUGUCCCAACUUUUUUGGAAUCGGGUUUGUAUUAUGUAAACACAAACUUUUAUUUUAGAUGCAUUUAAUCGAGAUUAACCGUUUGACAACACCAAUUGAGCACAUACAAUUUUUUUCUGCACAUUUUUAGAAGUAAUGCGCAUCUCAGCGUUUCCAUCCAGCUCUUUUAUGUGAUAUCCCAAAUUUUACAUAAAAGAGAUAGAUGACAACAUAGCUAGUGACUGAAUCCUUGUGACAGGAAUACAGUACACAUGAACAUACACACAUACAAUAAUUGUUUUUGUGCUAAAUUUAAAGUCCUUAAAGUCAUACAAUACAAUGUUUUUUUUUUUUUUUUUUUAUUUUUGAAACAACUUUAUUCAAAACUGUUCACUUUACUCAUUCUUUACUUCAAUAACCCCUAAUGAAAAAUAAAUAUAUUAAAACAUAUUUGAAAUACAUUUAUUUCAUGUGAAGUGCACUACAAAUACAUUUACAUAUCAUGUACUUAAUAAAAAUACCCUAAUUGUACUUUUGGUAACACUUUAUUUUACAGUGACCUUGUUACACAUGUUACAUGUAGUUACUGUAGUAAUAACUAUAAAUGAUGCAUAAUUACAGACAACUAACCUUAAGCCAACCCCUAUUCCUAAUCCUAACCCUAUAGUAAGUACAUGUAGUUAAUUAUUAUUACUCAGUGCUUAAAUGUAUAAUUGUACUGUAACACGGGUGCCUUAAAAUAAAGUAACCAUACUUUUAGUAUACUGAACUAGUAUAUUGAAAUGUCUGUUAAAUUGAAACAACUAAUUUUAUGCUUAAUGCACUUUAAUUGUGCAGAAGUAGUGUUGAGGUCCAACUAAAUAAUUACUUAAGUAUAUUUGAUUGUGCUAACGUGGAACUAUUGCAAGUAUACUUUAGCUACACUUUAAAUAUUUUGCAUUUACAGACAGAUAUUAUUCAAAUAUCAUACAAUCCUCAUCAAUAUUGGUAUUAAAACACAUUUUAGGCCUAAUAUUAAGAAAUGUGCAUUGUGCACAAGUAGUACUCCAAAUAAAGUUUAAUUUUAUAAUUUUAAUUUUGAUAAUUUUAAUUUUUUAUAGGUAAUUAUAGUUUAUUAUAGUUAAUUUUUUAUACAGUAAGUCUAAAGCCAUAUGUCAGUAAAUAUGUUAAUAGAUUUGAAAUGUAUUUAGUAUGACAUGCAUGUAUUUUAAAAUACUUUUUUUUUUUUUACUAGGGACAUUCUUGCAUAACUUUAGACUGUGUUGAUCUUAUUUCAGCAAAUUAUCCCCAGCUACUAACCCCAGUGGUUGUAACAGAACUCUUUGUGUUUGACAUUAACUCAUAUAAUCUGUAAUUGUGUUGAACAUGUCCAAGUGAGUUAUAUUUGUAGCAGACAAAUGUGGCUGUCAUGUAUUACAUUUUGAGAGAUACAGCACCAACAACCACUGGGUUACCGAUGCUCAAACAAAAGGUGUUACGUUCAUCCCCGGUCUCCCCCUUUCAUUACAAAUGCGUUUUAUACCUCCGUGCCUUGUGAUGUCCACAGUGUUGGCUGCCUAGCUGUAGGCAGGACCACUCUGCCACCUUGAGGUUAACAGCUUCCUGUGGUGGGCUUGAUCUGAUUUGUCUCAGAAGGAAACGAAUGCACCUCUCUCUUUCCCACGAGCGCUUUCUGUACAAACUGCAUGGCUGUCACUCUCCACUAGAUGGCACAAUAGCAUCGUGGAGUCUAAAGUUUGUGUACUUGGCUGUCAAUAUUUACUGCACCUGAUGAGCGUCAAUAUCACCCCCGUCCCACCGUAAACAAACGUUUAAUAAGAAACAUUAGGAAAAAUAAGCAUAAUAAUAUAAUAUAAUAUAAUAUAAUAUAAUAUAAUAUAAUAUAAUAUAAUAUAAUAUAAUAUAAUAUAAUAUAAUAUAAUACGCCUUUGGAUAGGCCUAAAUGAUGACAUAUUUUCAUAUAUAUGCAUAUGCAUAUUGAAUAAGUUUUGGCAGGUAGCGCUGAACAAAACUCCGGUUUGUCAAUAGAAAAAGAUGUUAAAAACAACACAAAUCGUACUACUAAUUGCCGUUAAUUGACCAUGAUAGCCGUACUCCAGUAGAGAGGAGUGAGCCUGAUUAAGAUAAUUAAGAGAGCCUUUUGUAAACUGGUUCAAGUAGGCCGAACACCUUGAAAGCAGCGUUGGACGCCCCAUAGUUUUGACACUAAUUGUUAUAAUUGCUCGCGCGGUUAUCAUCUCUGGUGCACAAACUACGCCCACCUGUGCUAACUUCAAACUAGAGAAAUGCGCGGUUGUCUGCUAAUUUAAGGAGGUUAAGGUAGGUCUGUUUCUUUUUUUUUUUUCAGUUCAAAAUGCGACAAGCUGACUAUGACGAUCGUUUUUACGAAGUUUUAGAUGUAAACGCUCGUUGGAAACAUAAGGUUGAAAAGGAAUAAAGUGUAAAAAGUUACGAAUGUGUUGUUGGCAUUAAAUAAAACUAAAACUAUCAGACAUUGCACACUAGAGGAGCUUUUUGUCUUGUCAUUUGAAAAUAUAUUCAGACUUGUGACCACCAGAAGACGCUGUAUUCCCUCGUGUUAAAUGUUUUGGCUCAUCCUAAUAGCCCAUGGUUUGUGUUAUUCUGAAUCCGUAUCAUCUUUUGGUCUCCUUUGGUAUUACUAUUGUGGCGUAAACGUAGUUUGACAGAUUUAUUGUGGAUUAAGUAUUAGAUAUAUGUAAGGAAUGACCAGUAUGUUUGUGUUCCUGUUAACUCUUCAGGGCGGCUGGUUAUUUCAGAUUAACACUUAGUGUUCCACAAGAUCGCAAAGAAACAAAGAGCGUAAAAAAUACAAUUUUCGAAAGGCAAUUGAAUUCAGGUAGAAAACAUCAAAGCAAAAAAAUUAAACAAUUAAAAAUGCGACAGAAUUUGUAUUUCUUGUUUUAAUAAAGUGGUUAAACUCGCAAUGAUUUCAUAUUUAGAUUUGCAUUUUUUUGGUUGAGCUGAUGCUGUAGACUUUCGGAAAAUGAAUAUCACGAUAUCUUUACAAAAGGAAGAACACAGUUGUUUAUUUUUUAGCUAUAACUCUGUAUUAAAAUUAUAUAUAUAUAUAUAAGUAAUCCCUGACUGCUGAAGACCAUAAGACCAACUGUUUCCAUCUAAACCUGCUUAAGGUUUUCUUUUAACAAGCCGUUUUUGUUCAGAAGAUUGCAGCGCUCAGCGGCGAAGACUCUCGAUGAACGCUGGUCUUGAUAAAAACGAAAGUUUACGCCAAAUAUUUAAGUCUACAAUUUGAGAAUCUUAUGUUUUUUGUUUUAUCCAAUAUAGCCGAACUCACGGUGUCCCAAAAGGUUUGUUUGCUUCUCUAUUGACAAAUUUAAAUUUGAUAGGAUGGGUUAUUGUAUAAGUAAAUUAAUGUUAGAGCCACGACGAAAAAAAAAAAAAAAUGAAAACGUAAUUAUUAGUUGUAAUAGUUAGAGUAAAAUAUUAGCCUAGCAUAAGACAACGCGUUGUUUUGUAAAUAGCUAAAAUCAACUGUUAUAUUUGUUACAAAAUAAAUAUAAAAUAGCUUAUAAGAUUAAUAAUAAUAAUAAAAAUGAAAUGAAAAAACUUGUCCAAUCAUACAAAUUUCUGUAAAAUUGCUCUUCUGUCCAGCCAUAUUGAGGGAGACCUUUAGGGCGUCGAUCGGGGAUCGCACUGCAUGGUAAGCUAUGCAUUAUUGAACUUACACGGAGAUACUUCAGGACUUACUCAGGUUAUUUCAGCGUUGUUAACUUUACCUGAGAGCCUCUCCUCCUCCCGAGUUCAUUUCCCUCAGUACCGCGUGUCUGAGCCGAGUGGAUGGGAAUUUGGACGACACGCUGCCUAUGUCCAAUAAUAUCAAACGGAAACGGGCUUAAUCAUUUACUUGGCCUCUUAACACGCUCGUAUGUAUUUAUUUAUUUGUCAGUCAGUGUUCCUGAGUCGUCGCAAGGGCCCUUUGCAUGUUUGAGUACGAUGGAGCAUAAUACAAACACGCCUGCAAUCACCAGAAGCCUCUUGUGGCCAUUAAAAGUCAGUAGUUCAACUCAAGUUUUUUUUUUCUCUCUCAGAGAAACUGAGUGGUUCUCAAAGUCUGAAGUCCGCAUAUGCACUCACAUCAAGGGGCCCUUAUAAACAUCACUCCAACUGUCAAUAUUUCAUCCUUCGCCGUGUUCCUUGCAAGCCGCGAAAUAAACAGCCUCGCUCUGAAAAUGAACUAUGGACGAAUUAAUUUUACGCACAGGUGUUGUUACACGCGUAAAUGUUUUCGGGGUUGGGGGAUGGCACGGGUAGCUGAAGACCGCGUAAUAGAAAAUGUGCGUGGGCGCACAGAUGAUAGCGCUGCUUUGUAUUGUUGCCCUGGCUGCUGAUGCCCCGCCUCUGAUGGAAGCCUUAAACCUGGCACCAAGCUAAAACAAACGAAAGUCAGCUUCGAGCUCCCACUCAAACCAAUUAAGGCGGACUCCAGUGCACACUCAUACGUUUCCAUCCUGCUGCAGCGACGGUGAAACAACAGGAACAGAGGAGCUGGCCAAAAAAAAGAAGGAGAGAUUGCCUUGCCUUCUAAUUUCUCCCUUUCCAACACAGAACAAUGUCGAUGAGCCCUAAGCAUACGACUCCUUUUUCUGUAUCCGAUAUCUUAAGUCCUCUUGAAGAGAGCUACAAAAAAGUGAGUAUGGAGGGGAACAACUUGGGGGCUCCACUUGCCUCGUACAGACAACCCCAAGUCACGCAAGCGGCGAUGCAGCAGCACCACAUGGGCCACAAUGGAACAGUACCCGCUGCUUACCACAUGACUGCAGCUGGAGUUUCCCAGCUGUCACAUACAGCCAUGGGGGGCUACUGUAACGGGAAUUUGGGCAACAUGAGCGACUUGCCGGCCUAUCAAGACGGCAUGAGAGGCAGCACGACGGCCACCAGCUGGUACGGAACGAAUCCCGACCCACGCUUCUCUACAAUCUCUCGUUUCAUGGGUUCCUCGUCUGGUAUGAAUAUGGGCAGUAUGAGCACUCUGAGUUCUCUGGCGGAUGUUGGUAAAGGCAUGGGUCCGCUGACCAGCACACCUCGCCGGAAGAGACGGGUACUCUUCUCCCAGGCGCAGGUGUACGAGCUCGAGCGACGGUUCAAGCAGCAGAAGUACCUCUCCGCGCCGGAAAGGGAACAUCUGGCCAGCAUGAUUCACUUGACUCCGACUCAAGUUAAAAUUUGGUUUCAAAACCACCGAUAUAAAAUGAAAAGGCAGGCCAAGGACAAGGUUUCCCAGCAGCAAAUGCAACAAGACAAUGGCUCCUGUCAGCAGCAGCAGCAGUCUCCGCGGCGGGUGGCCGUGCCAGUGUUGGUGAAAGACGGAAAGCCAUGCCAAGGCAGCAGCCAUACACCCAACACUGGUGUACAAAGCCACCAUCACCAGGGGGGAAACGUCAUGAUUAUGUCCAAUAACAGUUCUUCAAUGGGCCAGCAUCAAAGUCAGCAGGUAGGCAACGCCGGCCAGUCCCCAGAUCUGGGUCAACAUGCUGCAAGCCCUCCAUCUCUCCAAACCCAGGUGUCCGGCCUGUCACACCUGAACUCUUCCGGCUCCGAGUAUGGAGCCGCCUUGCCCUGCUCCGCUCUGCUUUACGGCAGGACGUGGUGACACCGGAACAGACUAUAAUACAAUAGCAAAACGACAGGUGGAUGCAGAUAAUCUGUAUACUCUGCUCAAAAAAAGACCAUGCGAACAGUGGCUGUGCUCUCCUUUCUGGAGGGAGAAGGCUGCGAGCAACACGAGGAUUGCCAAAUGUCAAAGGUAUCAAAUCUUUUAUUGUGAGGAUGAGCGCCAAAACAUCAUUAAGAAGAUGGAAUUAUUUAUAUACUACACUAGAUUUUAAAUGGAGACUGAUUGAAACACUAAAAUCACAAAUAUUCUGUCAUCCUGUUGGAUUUUUUUGAAAAAAAAAAAAAACAAUGAAGACGAACCCCUCACACUAAACUGAUUUCUUAUAGAUUUCAUUGUAAAACGUAGCUUGUAUAUUUCUGUAAAAGGUUUGGACUGAUUACAUAGUUUUUAGCGAUAUGUAUAUUGUACAAAAUUUUUAUCGAUAUUAAGGGUCACAUGUUUUUUUUCAGUUCCUUUGUUAUUUGUACGUUUAAUUUUCUUGUAACUUAUAUAGAUAUUUGACUUAAACGCAGUCAUACAAUCAUAUUAAUAAAUUAUGACAAUAACAAUAUCCUAACAAUACGUUUAUUUUAGAUUUUGGGUGUAAGAAUCUAUCACUCGGCGGUGGCCAACUGAACAUGAUUAAUACAAUUAAAACGAUUUUCAAAGUCAACAAACUUCCACACAAUUAGCCUUUACAUUUGUAGGCUCCUGAAUACUCAUUAGAGGGAUUUUUGCUGCAGUCGCACAUUGUUUUCAAUCGACGAUUUCUACUGUUUGUAAUGGAUAUUCCUUCAGGAUUGGACGGGCCUCCUAUAGUAAAGUGUUCAUUCUGCAAAUAGUUCUGUAGUUGUCUGUGUGUCGCAAAACUCAUGAAGUCACACCACAAACACUGUCAGAAGUUUAUUUUGCGUUUUAAAUGCUAAGUUUUUUACACCGUUGAAAAACCCGGAAAUCCAUUUACGUGCAAACUGACAAAGCAAAGCAAUUAUUAAAUAUUUUAAAACGCACUUUUUCAAACCAGUUUGAUUCAUAAUGGUAAAAGUUCGAUCCUAAGUUAAUUGUAUUUACUGAAUAGCCCAUUAAAUGAGUUGUAGCCUAUGCCUUUCCUAAGUAAACGAAGGUUUUGUAGAGACCUCUUUUUGGCGCUCUUUUUCGUUUAAAUAAUGAGUCAGUUCAGGUGAGGUCUCCACUCCUUGAGAGAAACUCACAUCAAACAAACGCUCCUAAAAGCUAACUUAUCAAUCACAUCGCUGUACAAACAACAGUAUUCUCCUAAAUAACUUUGCAAGACGAAAUAAACACACUUAUCAGAGCGCCGUCCAUCAAUACCGUGUUUGUGAAGAUCUGAGGUAAAAUCAAAUGCCCCCGUGUUUAGGUAUUGAUAAAGACCGUAAACAUCAGAGGGCUGAGGGAAGAUUGCGAGAAAAUUUGAAAGUGCGUGCCGAGAUGUCGCUAGUCCACACAAGGAAAUCAUUUAAUCAAAUUUGAGAUUUCUACUCGACAUUUUUACUACACGUUUUGACCAAAUAAAAAUGAAUUAGCCUAAAUAGCCCACGAAGGUUGUGUACUGGCAUACAAAGGCCGUGGGUCCAUUACCGAAAUAAGUCCGACUUUCUUUCUUUCUUUCUUUCUUUCUUUCUUUCUUUCU